GCGAGUCUUCCUCGCCUAGCGACCCUUCCUAGCUUUAUCAUAUCAUUCGAUGUCGUAAUUAUCCAAAAAUCCCUUUAUCAUCCUUGGGUAUCAAGAAGCACGAACAAGACGUUAACUGCCACGAUUAUUCCUAUCUAGAAGAAGAGGGAAGCUACUAGAAUCUGAAAUUGGAAAUAACAAAGGGUACAUUUAUGGAGGCCUUGUUUAAAAAUUUUCGAGUCUCAGGGUUCACUGUAAAAUUACAUUACAUUUAAUCGUAACCAACCUUGAACACCAACCUUCUAAGUCCUCGAUCUAAUCUCUAUUGCAACGUAUCUACAUAUACGUGUAAUCUAAGUCUCAACCUGAUGGUCACUAUAAUGUAUCUCUACUAAUUUUAGUAGCUACGAAACUUUGCUUAUUAAUAUACUCUUACAAUUACUUUAAUUAUCGAGUACACCUGUAAUCUGUUCGACAAACAAUAAUCUAUUCUAAUGGCCAUCAAGUUGAGACUUAGGACAUGUACCUAUUAGGUUGUCCCAAAAGUUUCUUUCGUGUAGUUGCAUUCAAUUAUUUUCUGUGGCAGUGUUUAUAUAAAUAGACAAUCUAAUUUCUUAGACAUUGAUGCUGUAACGGUAAUGAAGCGAAAUGAAUCGUACACAAUUCAGUAAUGUAACAUAAAACACACAAUAUCGCGUAUAUAUUAAUUAUUAAUAAAACGAAAGAAACUUUUCGGACAACCUAAUACAUAGGUUCAUCGUAGAGAUGGAUUCAUGGAGAUUAAGUGGAGAAUUUGGAAGAUUGGUAUUAUUUUAAUGUAACAAUACGAGUAAUUAUUUCUACUUGAACUAGAUUUAUAAAUAAUUGAAUAUAAAAGCACAGAAUUAAUUUCUAAACCUAAUAUACACGAUCUAAUAAUUACAAAUGGAAAAAGAAUGAUGUACUCCAUUUAUAAGUCGUUGCAUGCCUUCGAAAUUAUAAUAUUCGAACAUAUGUAUAAAAAAGAAUUGGAUGUUAUUUGUUAUUCGUUCUGAUAUUUUCAGAUUUCUUCGUACCCGUCGAGUUCUACAUUUAAAGCUUGGUUUCGUUUUAAAACCCGCUCCUUCGCGACCUAUCCUAAGUUACGAAAGAAUUUUGGAGACUGAGACGUGUACCAAAUCUGUACGAUAUUGCUUCUUUUUUUUAUCGUUCGAUCAUCGUCGAGGACGACAGUAGAUCGUGACCGCGUUUCCCUGUAACGGUACAAGUCGAGUUCAACAAACCGACAGCUUCGAUCAAGAAGUGGGCUAGAUGGUGACGCCAAGGUGACCUUAACCGCUCUGACACACUUUUCUCUUGCUCGACGUCGUUCCUCAGCGAUGUGCGACGUCGUUCAGGUUUACGCGUUCACGCGUAUCGCCCUAUGAUUUAUUUUCCCUCGUUUCUUGGUAGAAGGUCCAAGGUCAGAGUGGAAACCUAAAUAGAAUCGCUCCUGUACUAACUUUUAUUGAAGCACUUCGUAUCAAGGAGCGAUAAAGAGGAUUAUCGAAGAAAGAAUUAUAUGAUAAAAUUUAAGGAAAAAGUAUUCAUUAUGAACACUUUACCGACCAGUAGCAAAGGGACAUACAAUUAGAUUCGAUCUUAUUGUUUAUUCUGACAAAUGUAAUAUCAUUCGAUAUUUAUUUUAUCUAUUAGAAUCUCUUCUAUAAUAUUUAUAUAAUAUUUGAUUAUUUAUACAACGACGGGAGCAUAAAAUGUUAUCGCAAUAAUAGGUAACAAAGUAUUGUCCUAGCAAAAAGUCUAUCGAUAAGGCUAUCGGCCGGUAAAGUGUUAAAAUUCAAAGAAAGAAGACGGACAGACGGAAGAAUUUUGUUUCAGAAUGCAGUACAUUCAGUACGUGUCGUUAUGUUUGGUGCUGCUCGUUUUGGGGCAAGCGGCUACCUUGCCCCAGCAUCCUCAGUAUCCGCAGGUGCAACAGCAAGACGGAGAGGACAGAAAAUUCGCUGAGAAGCCAAACGCUAUGAAGAAGGUUGGCCUCGAUGACCUGCAAGAAGUCAGUUCCAAUCAGAUUCAGGAAGGUGGUGCCAGUAAUGCGUUCUCUUGGUCGAGCAUGCUAAGCAUGAUGAUGCGUUUGUUGCUUGGACGAAUGGGUAGCGAUAACGAAGCAAGUAAAAACGAGAUCGACGAUGGAGUACCGGCAAGUCCCUGGGCAAAUUUGGUCGCUGUUGGUUUCAGGGUGAUCACCGCUCUAAUUGGUGGUCCUCAGCAUCCCGAUGGCGAGGGCAUGGACAAGGUCAACAACGAUGCAAGUCCUAUGCAGUUCAUUAACAUAGUGGUGAAUCUUUUGGACGCGCUGAAAACAUCGUUCUCCCACCGUUCCUUGACGGCUCGAUCUUUGGGAAGACGGGACACGGUUUCGGAGGCUGCUGUCGCAUCUAUCACCAUGCUCAAGGGUUACAUGAGGUCGCUGAAGACCUUCGGUAACGUGGGUCGUGCCGAGGACGAGGGUCAGCGAGGUUGCGCUGAGAGAGCUCUCUGCGAGGCGAGCGCCGAGUGCGUUACGGAUGCCCAAGGCACGUCGUCCAUCUUUUGUCAACUUGGAUCAUACGCUACCAGCUACAUUCUCCAGAGGCAGAGCGGCGUAGGUUUCGAGGCGCUCUACGAGGCAGGUCGACGUGGCCGCACAGGACAAGACUGCAGAACUCUCUUCAUGGACUGCAACGCCGUAUGAGGGGGCUUGGUCUCGUCUCGAUUAACUCGGUUCAUUGAUUGGUAGACCGGUUUGUUUCUGUUUUGGUUUGCCAAAACGGAACGAAUCGAAAUGACGAAAUUAAGACCUCAUCCUGAGAAUCGAUCGAGCUCAUUAAUCCUUUGAGUGCUGUCGGACGCCUGCAAGCGUUCGAUCAAUGCGCCACGCGCGGUGAACACCUACGGGCGUUCAGAGAACACUAGUGGUGCGCGGAAUUCCCGAAAAUAUUCGGGAUUCCCGUAAAAUGUCCGGGAUUCCCGAGAACAUUCGGGAUUCUCGAGUUUAUGCGGGAUCCCGAGUUGAUUCAGGAUUCCCGAGGAUACACGAGAUCUCGCAAAAAUCCGGGAUUCCCGAGAAUGUACGGGAUCUUGAGAAUGUUCGGGAUUCCCGACAAUGUACGGGAUAUAGAAUAAUAUCUGGGAUUUCGGAAAGUGUUGUUAACCUUGAAAAUGUCAGCAAUCCGAAUGUACGGAUUUUCGAAAUUCUCGGGAAUCUCGAACAUUUACGGGAUCUCGAAAUUCUCGGGAAUCCCGAAUGAUUUCGGGAUCCCGGAAAUUCACGAGAAUCCCGGAUGUAUUCGGGAUUUUGAAAUUCUCGGGAUUCCAUCCCCAUCCCGGGAGAAAUUCCCGUCCCGACCGGGAUCCCGCACACCCCUAAAGAACACUAUCAAAUCGAAAGGAUUAAUCGAUUAAUUUCGGCAGGCCCAUUACGAUUAAUUAAUUGUGGAGCUGUUCGAGAUCCUGCAAGAAACGAAACGGUGUUCUGAGAGGAUGCGAGGCUCUUGUCCCGCGAACGUUGAAAAUGCCGACGGUGAAGUACUCUGAUCGAGUGAAAAGGGGUGUCUGUUUAGGAAAAUUAUUUAAAAGCUUCUGAGAAAUUAAUAAAGAUCGUAAGGUAAGAUAAAGUAAAUAUACAUACGUACAUGCAAAUUUCGUGAAAUGUUAAAUAAUUGAUCCGAGGUCUUUACUUAUUCGGUGAUAACUGCAAUUUAAACUAUAAAAUGAAAUUAAAUUUUACAUUGAACGAAUAGACACGUCUAUAAUAAAUCGCUAAACAGUGUCUCUAUUAUGGAAUAACAUUCUAUCUAUCAAAACAAGUAAUAUUUCCAUAUUAUUCGACAUAUUUAAAUUCUUCCACGUUCGAAGCGCGUGCCACAAAUGAUCCCGAGUCAUUCCGAUUACGGCCGAGGGUAUCAGUAGCCCGAGAGACGUGCAAGAAUCGAGAUCACGUUUCGCAGUCGAGUCGCGUUCCAUCUCGAAUAUUUAUGACUGUCUCGUUUCUCGUUUCUCGAACAGUUUUAAUCGAUUGUUAAUUUAUGGGUUCGUUAAAAUUUGCCAGAACUCUCGGUUUCUGUGGCGAUCUCAAAGUUUUCCACAAAUACUGACAGUUCGUUUAUGAAAAAGAAGAAGUCUUGAGAAAGAUGUAGAGAAACUCUAUUAGAGAUACGAGAUCGUGAACAAUUGCACGCGCAAGUGGAACAGGAAACGCUUGCCGUAGAAGCAGGCUGACGAGGUUCGAGGCCUGAAUGAACCGUGAACCGACGUUCGCACAGGCCUCGACGAAGAUCACGAUAUUUAUUUACGUUCAUCCAUUGCACUAAGGGUAGAUUUAGCGCGUUAAUCGAGAUUCGAUCGGCUGCGACACGAAGGGAGAACAAGCUUCGAUCAUUAGCUGAGAAAAAUACAGACAUGGACAAAUUUCUUAUCCAGAUUAUAUUAUCGUUUACUUUAUAUCAAAAUUGCGAUCUAAAGUGUGCAAUGAAUUUAUAUUUCUUGCUAAAUUAAUAAGAGUUUCUCUCGAUGUUGAACGGUAUGGACGAUGAUUAUCAAAACUGUGGAUCUGUAUGCAAAUUAAAAUUGCUGCGUUAUUUUGCUAACGUACAUAUUGUACAAAAAUUGAAGCAAGAUAGGAAUCUGUACUACUCUGCAAAUAUUAUAAUAUGAAUUUUACCUUCGAUAUUUUUUUUAUAUUAUUGCAUACUGCAUGCAUUUUGUAGUUUCUUGGACGUUCUAAUUUCCUAUAAAUGCAUAAAAAUCCGCAGUCUAGUGAUUAUAAAUCGUUAUUUAGAGUAUCAUUCUGUCAUCCAUUAUUCGAAUAAAAUUUUGUCCAUCUCUGGACUGGUGCUAGAUGACUUUGAUUCUCCCUUCAGCUCGAGUUGAUUAUUUUUACUUUAUUAUAUUGCACGUAACAUUUUGCUUCGCAUAACUGUGUAUCAUAUAAAUCGUUGUUGUUCAAAAGGAACGGUACGAUUAGUUAACAGGUUCAUCGGCACUUCCCUCCCCCAUUUUAGUACCAGGAGUCCUUUGGAAGGUAAAACCAAGUUUAUAUUAUCUCGUAACAUUUGAAACCCAAAAGUAGUUAUCGCAAAUGUUUAUAUGUGAUUGUAAAUACAAACUAUAUGCGAUUGUAAAUAAAUGUAAAUGUUCUAAACGAACCCCAUGGAAAUGGUACUGUUUGAACUUCCUGACCUAAUAUUUUCUUCCAUGCGGAAACAGCCAGAAGAAAAUUGCGAUUGACAUGCAACCAAGGAAAGAGAAAACUUUAACCUUGAUUAAUAAAAACUCGAGUAUAGAUGAACAGUGGUAGAUGAAAUUCUUAUUUGUAGUCACUUUACUAUUUAAGCCAAGAGUCUAUUUUAGAGUCAUGGGAUAUUUAUUUCAUUUUUAUCUCGAGAAUGGAACGCGCUACACGACUGAAAUUUUGAAAAUAAUUUGAUUCGAGGAUACAGAUAAAAAAGUAUCCGUCUACGACAAGAAAUAUAAUUUUAGAUAUAUUACGUAUUUACCUUUGAUGAAAUAGAAUAAUAAUAUCUAAUUAUUCGGAAUAAAAAGUGAAAACAAAAUUUAUCGAUCAUGGGUAUUCGCCCUUAUUCACCAACUCGUUCUCGUAAAACAUCGUUUAAAGACUCUUAACAGUUUAAAAAAAUCUAAUCCGUUUGUAAAACGUGGCCAACAUUAGAUCGCCAGACACCUCUCCUUCAAGUAUUAUCCUAAGUCCUCCUGCAACAUUCAAAUGCAAACAUUUCCAUGCAAAAUCCUUAUACUCAUAUUUCCGCAAGCACGCUCCCUGAACGCCUAAAGGCGUUCGACGCACAGGUGUUUCGUGUCACCGAUUGUUAACGUCCACAGGACCUGAAGAAUCACCUAGAACAGUAAAGAAUCUUCGGAAUUCUCGCUUUCCGUUCGUUCGUUAAAAUAGAAGGUGUCUGAGACGUCGUGACUAUAGAAUCUCGUCGAAGAAGUAGCUCUUCAGGUCCUACGCGUUCAACUAACGCCAGAGGAUUGGUCAGUUCCGUUGAAAAUAACGCCAAAGGUGCAUGGUCAUUGGCCGUGCGAUCUACCCCCACGUGACUGCGCAAGCUAUAUAGCAGGCCCCGCGAGGAAUUUCAUCUUCAGAGUCGAGAGUCAGUGUCAAGGAAGUCCACCUGGAAGUAACGAAGUGAGUACAGUUCGCCUGGCGUCUUGCACACAUUACCAGGAAGCUAGACAAUCCGCUUCCCUGCUUCAGUCACGUUCGGGACAUUAUUCGAGCACGUAAGUACCAUAAAGACCUUGAACUCUUUACUUCAUUUUUCAACCUCAGAUCACUUCAACGUUUUACUUUCGAGUGACGCGUGGAACAAACAGCGUAGGCGUUCGCUAAAGGGAAAUUAAAUGGAAAUAUUCCAGGCUAGAAAAACCAAUAUCAUUUUCUAACAUCGAAUAGUAUAUUAAAUAACUAUCGAAUGGAUAUUCUGACACAUGCGUAUGUUUGCUUUCAUUUGUUUGCAUCGUAUUACGAUAGUAUUCUAUUCCUUUAACGUUGUAAUAUUUGUUUGUUGUUAAUGUAUUAGAAAAAAAGGGUUGCAAGUAAUCUAUUUUUGGAAGACGAACGUGGCUUUUUCUACUAAUAAAUUGAACUUCUUCUUAUUCAAGUUAUUAUAUAAAUACGGGUUAUGAAUGUGACACUGACAUGUAGAAAUAUUUACAGUGAGAUACUUGAAAUUUAGUAAAGGUAACAAAAUAUUGUGUCUUCCAAAAAACGAUUCCGACAGCUGAAUUUUCUGACUGACGUUCAAAUUUCCAUUUAGGAUUGGCUUCAAUUGUUUGUUAUUAUUCUGUCGAAUUAUUUCGGAAUUCAAUGGGUUUACCGCAGUCGAUGAUAAUACGUUUCGCGGUAGCUUCUUUAAUAGGUUGUUGCAUAUUAUAAACUAUAGACUUCUAGGGUUUGUACAGUCGAUCUUUCAGACAUGUUAAACUGUUAAAGGGCUAAUGUUUUAGAGCUGGCAAAGGGACACUUGAAGCUCUCUCUUUAAACUGUUUAUAUUCUACUGUUAAGGAUUGUAUUGUCUUCCACGUAGUUCUCAUGAAUAUACGGCCCUUUGCUCAGAAUUUAUGUAAAUGCACAGCAAGUUAUUAAUGCAGGUGUACAUUUCUAUAAAAUGUCAUAAUCAUUUCUAUGAAAUGUACAAACUAAAAAUUCCUGUGUUUGUAGUUUUUUUUAUAACUCGUACCAUUUUUAUUUAAUCCGGACGACAUUUUGUUUAGGUUCUUUUUAUGUUUCGACGGCAAGUAUGGGCUACUUUGUGAAAAUGUUAACUAUAAAUAUGAAAUUCGUAGUUCGCGUUUAGUGAUACGCCUAUAACACUUGCUAAUUUUUUCCAAUUUAGAUUAAAUUUUGAUUAGUUAUUUAAGAUGAAAUUCUAGUGAAUUUCAGUUUAUGGCUGAAAUUAAAGGAUUGUUGAACUAUAAUGUGCGAUGAUGUUGCGAUUCCGUGCUCGUCGAUGCGAGAUCAAGCGUUCACAAAGGCUGGAGCGGAGGAACGAGCCCGGAACAGGUAGAAAAUACCUUCCGCAGGUGUCAGGGUACAGUUAGAAAUCGUUGGUGAUUUUUCCGGGCGCGACGUGUACCGUUUUCGAAAGGCGUGGCGCUCUUCGUGCGAGAUAGUCGCGAUUUAGUUGCUUUAUUUCCUUUAGGAAUGCUCAAAUGAGAUUCUUCCGUUUCAACGAGAACAUCCUUCUCGCGUGCAACUGGCAGGAGCAUCGAACGAAUCGACAAACAUAAACUUUGCAUAUCUGAUUAUUGAAUAAAAAAAACAGCAAUUACCAAAUUUCAAUUCUCUGGAUCGACUUGGAGAUAAAUUCUCAACUAUUGGCUUCUUAAAACAAUAACGUACCCAAAGAAAUAGAGCAUUUUAUUAUUGUAUUAGGUGUAGAAAUUAAUACUGUUCCUUUAUGUUUAUUUAUAUCUCUGGUUUAAACUGAUGAUAUACUUACUUUGGUGCGUUACAGUGCCAACCUUCUAAGUCCUCAACCUGAUCUCUAUCACAGAGUAUGUAUAUACAUACGUAUUACGUACGUAUUACGUACAUAUAUACAUUUAUACAGAUCACCUAAAUCUCAAACUGAUGGACAUUACAUGCAGUAUAACAUUUUGUUCAUUGUUAGUCUUCUAUAACUAUUACAACUACUUGUUAUAGUUGGAAUCAUAUUAAGCGAAAUUAUAUGAAUUCUAAAGCUACUGAGUUUCAUAUUUGUAGAUAAAUAGUAAUGGCCAUCAGAUUGGGGCACAGGUUAUCAGGUCGAGAAACUUAGAAAAUUGGUACUUUAACGUAACAAAGUAUCGAGUGAAUAUUCUUACUUGCGCUUACAAAAACAAAAUAAAUAUUAAAUGAUUGACUAUAAAGGGACCAAUGAAACUGAUAAUAUACGACGUUGAUAGAAUCAAUGUCUACAUCUAAUACAAUUAAAAUAAAUUUCACGCGCAUUGGAGAAAAAUAAUGAUAUAGAGAAAUCACAAACAGUAUUUGAGUUUCGCAUUAAUAAUAAGCCCAGCGACUAUGACCUGAAUUUCGUUUCGAUAUGAAUAACGUUUUCCAAAAAUCAUGAUUCGAAUCUGCAACAUUCAAGGCCUAUCUCUCUGUACCCGACCUAUAAGCGAUACUAGUGGCAUCGAUGAAAGAAUUUCCACGAUUUCUUCUCGCUGGAUCGUCUCUUUCUCCUCGAUAUUCCUCUUUUUUUUCCACUUGCUUGACUGGUGCAGUCGACGAGGACGAGGACCACAGUAGGUCGCGACCGCGUUUACAGGUAACGGUACCUGUCGGGUUCAACAAACCGGUAGCUUCGAUCAAGAAGUGGGCUACCUGCCGCUGCCAGGGUGACCUUAACCGCUCUGACACACUUUCCUGCUACUCGACGUCGUUCCUCAGGUUCGUGCAACCACAGGAUUCCUAGGCCGAUCGCGCACGGCGCAACCGAUUUGAAAUUAGUGUUGCAAAUCGUUUGCGCUCUUUGGCCGAUCGCACACCGAUCAGUUUCAAACUACUCUGGAUCUAGGUAAAACAAGGAUAGUGAAGUAGGUAAAACAAAGAGCGCAAACGGUUUGCAACGCUAAUUUCAAAUCGGUUGCGCUGUGUGCGAUCAACCUUUGUUUUACCUAAUGAAGAAUUGGAUCCACGGUUGCAUGUAACUAGUUUCAGAGUGGUUUGAAACUGAUCGGUUGCGCCGUAUGCGAUCAACCUUUUGAUUUACCUACCGAAGAAUUGGAUCCGCGGUCGCGUUGCACUAGUUUCAGAGUGGUUUGAAACUGAUCGGUUGCGUCGUGUGUGAUCGGCUUUACAGAAGCGAAACUCUGGGCGUUCCACGGGUCCUCCUACAAGGAGAUGCUUUUUGCUGUUCCCCACUGAUUGUUUUUAAACUUCACGCGCGCGUAGAAAAUAAAAAAAUGAAAGAAGCUCUUCGAAUGCCCUUUUAAAACAUCCUGUCCCUUUACAUACCAGAACGAGUAUGAAAUCAUCUGGGCUACUUUUCCACGAUGAAUCCGAGUCGAUCGUGUGACAUAUUCGUGCCAGCACGGAUUUUCUCCCGGAUCAGUUCUCGCAUCCUCCAUGAAUUCGGUCGUUCACUCUUGUUUUCUCUUCUGAGUCAUCGUCGUCGUCGCUGUUAAACAGUCACGUUCGAAAUGCGUUUGAGUUUUCUUUAUAAGGGUGCGAUUAGUCGUGUAACUUGACUGUAACACCUAAUGUACCGGUCUUACAUUUGUUUCUUCUUUAUAUUCAUUUAAUUCUUGCUUUACGUUAAUUUGCAUUUCCAUUUGCUUAGAGAUCUCUCUUCGUGAUUCUCCUAUUAAGGAUGCUAGGUCUUUUGGGAUCCACUGGGCCAGUGAUGGGCAAAACCAUAGGCUUCGAAUAAA